AUGGCAGAAGAGGCGAUAUUCUGGAAAUGGGUUUCUGUGAACACUGUUUCCUUGGUGACUGAGACCACAGUCUACCACUGGAGCGUGGAGGGUGACUCCCAGCCCGUGAAGAUGUUUGACAGACACGCCAGCCUGGCAGGUUACCAGAUGAUUCACUAUCGCACCGACAAGAACCAAGAGUGGCUGCUGCUCAUUGGCAUCUCGGCUCAGGUUGCAGAUGCCAUGCUGGGAAAUCAGAUGUUCACUCACUACGAUCGGGCCCACAUCGCCCAGCUGUGUGAGAAGGCAGGCCUGCUGCAGCAGGCGCUGGAGCACUACACUGACCUCUAUGACAUCAAGAGGACCCUUGUGCACGCACACCUCCUCAAUCCCGAGUGGCUUGUCAGUUUCUUUGGCUCCUUGUCGGUGGAGGAUUCUGUGGAGUGUCUGCGUGCCAUGCUGUCUGCUAACAUCAGACAGAAUCUGCAGCUGUGUAUGCAGGUGGCCUCUAAGUACCACGAGCAGCUGGGCACGCAGUCCCUGGUGCAGCUCUUUGAAUCCUUUAGGAGUUACGAAGGCCUCUUCUACUUCCUGGGCUCAAUCGUCAACUUCAGCCAAGAUCCAGACGUGCAUUUGAAAUACAUCCAGGCCGCUUGUAAGACGGGGCAGAUCAAGGAGGUGGAACAGAUAUGGCGAGAGAGCAGCUGCUAUGACCCGGAGCACGUGAAGAACUUCCUGAAGGAGGCCAAGCUCACAGACCAGCUUCCCCUCAUCAUCGUGUGUGAUCGGUUUGAUUUUGUCCACGACCUCAUCUUGUAUUUGUACCGCAACAGUCUGCAGAAGUACAUCGAGAUUUACGUGCAGAAGGUCAACCCUAGCCAGACCCCAGCUGUGGUUGGAGGGCUGCUUGACAUGGAUUGUUCUGAGGAAGUGAUUAAAAACUUAAUCAUGGCAGUGAGAGGACAGUUCUCUACUGAUGAGCUGGUGGCUGAAGUAGAAAAAAAAAAAUAG